UAACAUCAACAUCAUCUAUGUCAUCAUCGUCAAUGAUGAUGAUGAUGAUGGUAAACAACAACAACAACAACAACAAUAUGUCAACAUUAACGACGGCUGUUACACGACCAAAACAAGUGAUCAAAGAUUAUUGCCGUCAAAAACAUUAUAAAGGACCUAUUUAUUAUUUAACACAUGAGGAAAAAGUUGAUCUUCAUAAACAUUAUACCGUACAAUUAUGGAUCAAUGAUAAUUUCAAUGCCAAAGGUAUUGGCCUUUCCAGACGUAAUGCUGAAUUCAAAGCAGCAUUAGAAGCUAUCCAAUUGUUUCAUGAGAAUGAUCCAUCCAUAUUGGAGCUAAUAAAACAAUCAAAUGAUCGAUCAUUCGGUAGCCUAAGACGUCGUCGACCAAUAAAUCGGUCAUUUAGUGUUGAUUAUAUAUCAAAUGCUAAUCGUGCCGAUUCAUUUGCAUCGAUGGCCAAUGGUCAUUAUGAUGCAAAUGAUGGCCGUCAGUCCGUAACACCAAGUAUGGAUGGUAUUGAUUCAAUUACAUUAAAAAGUGAUUAUUCCAAUGUUAUGGCAUUAUCGAACAAUGUUAUUGAUAAAUCUAAAGACAAUUUUCAUCAUAAUCAUCACGAAACAUCAUCGGAUGAAGGUGUUUGUACGGAAGAAAGUGAAUGCUCAAAUUCAGCACUUCCUUCACCGAAAUUAAACAAUCAUAGACAAACAAAGGAUUUGAAACGAAACAGUUAUAAUAAUGAUAAUACGAAACGAUCAUUUAGCUUUUUGCCAUCAUCAUUAAUGUUAUUAAGUUCAUUACGUGAUUUUAGUCGUAGAUCUUUUCGGCGAUCAAAAUCAUUAUCAAAUAAUGGACGACGAAAAACUGAAACCGAUAAUGAACCAUCAUCAACAGCAUCGACGAUAUCAGCAUCGUCAUCAUUAUCAUCAUCAUCAUCAUCGACAACAACACCAAGACCGAUAUCAUCAUCAUCCAGUUCAUCAUCAUCAUCAACAUCGGCAUUUUCAUCCGAUUCAUCCAUAUCAUCCACACAUCAAACAAUACAUAACAAUGCAAAAGAUCAUCAUAAUGACUUUGGUGAACCACAAAUAAUGGCUACAACAUCUAUGAUAAUACCAAUGAAUGAAGAAGCAGCAAUAAUUCAUUCUAAUCAUUAUCAAUCAUCAAAUAUAAUUGUUGAAUCAAUUAUUGAAGAAGAGGAAGAAGAAGUGGAACAAUCGAAUAAUGAUGAAAAUAAUAACAAUAAUAAUAAAAAUAAUAACAAACAAUCAUCAUUAUUAUCAAUAAAUCGUAGCUUAUUAUUCAAUAAUGGCAGCAAUAAAAGAAUCGAUAGAAUUGAUCAUAACCAAAAUGGUAUUAUUCGUAGCUAUUCAAGUUCAUUAUUAUCACAGCAACAUGUUUGUCCACAUAAUCAUUUCUCAAUAUAUGGACCAAUUCUUUGUAAUAGUACGGAAAAUUGUUCCACUCUACAUAGUCACCACAGGGAAACAAUUGAAACAAGUCCAACAGCAAUAUUAUUAAAAUAUUGUAUACGAAUGUAUCUACCAUUACCAUAUUAUGAUAUACAUUUUGAUCAAAAAUUUAUGGUUACAUGUCGUGUGAUAAUGUCAAUUGAAUCAUCAACAAAUAAUAAUAAUAAUGAUCAACAACAACAACAACAACAUCGCAAUCCAAAACGUACUAUACCGGAACAAUAUAUUGAUCAUCAAUUUACAGCUAAAGGUCAUGGUGAAAUAUUACGUGAAGCUAGAAAUAUGGCAGCUAAAUUGGUUAUUAAUAAAUUGACUGUUGCUGGUCUUUUCCAUGAUGAAUAACAUUGGAAUUGAACAACACAACACCAUUUAAAAUCCAAUACUCUCUAAUCAGCUUUGACUAAAUUUUUUAAAACUUUAUUAUUAUCGAUUAUGGAUUAUUAAUAUUUAUUAUUUUCAUCUUUAAAUACACACA